GUGGAGUGCAAACACACAAAAAAAUAUCUUGUGGAGGAUUUAUUGGAAAUUAGCGUGUCUGCGCCAUCCUCGGGGUGUGGCUCUACUCAGAGUGUGAACUCUCCCAGGGAAGAGAAUAAACAGCAUACACACCAACACAGGCACAAGCGAGUCAGGCAAGAAAAGAGCAGUGCGAUGGCUUCAUCUCAAGGGAAAAACGAACUCAGAUUUGCAGACUGGAUGGCAAGUUUGCCGGAGAGUAUCCAGAGCACGCCUCUUACAAACCUAGCAAUCCCAGGCUCCCAUGAUUCCUUUAGCUUCUACAUAGAUGAAGCCUCUCCAGUUGGACCAGAGCAGCCAGAAACUGUCCAGAACUUUGUCUCAGUCUUCGGAACAGUGGCCAAAAAGUUGAUGAGGAAAUGGUUGGCCACCCAGACCAUGAACUUCUCCCACCAGCUGGAAGCUGGGAUUCGAUUUUUUGACCUGCGCAUCUCAACCAAACCCAGAGACCCCGACAACGAGCUCUACUUUGCUCACGGCUUGUUCAGUGCAAAGGUCAACGAAGGUCUGGAGCAGAUCAACACCUUUUUGGCCUCCCAUUCCAGGGAAGUGGUCUUCUUGGAUUUCAACCACUUCUAUGGCAUGCAGAACUCCCACCACGAGAAACUGGUCCACAUGCUCCAGGAUAUCUUCGGGAACAAGCUCUGUCCAGCCAUCUUUGCACAGGAGGUGAGCCUCAAGUACCUGUGGGAAAAAGAGUACCAGGUCCUGGUAUUCUAUCACAACCCUGCCGCUUUGGAGGUGCCUUUCCUUUGGCCUGGCCAGAUGAUGCCAUCUCCAUGGGCCAACACCACCGACCCAGACAAGCUGAUCCAGUUCCUGCAGUCCGCUAUCACAGAGAGGCGUAGGAAAGGGACUUUCUUUGUGUCACAAGUGGUGCUCACUCCUAAAGCCAGCACAGUCAUGAAGGGGGUGGCCAGUGGCCUGAGGGAGACUAUUACUGAAAGGGCUCUUCCAGGAAUGAUGCAGUGGGUGCGUACGCAGAAGCCUGGGGAAAGUGGAAUCAACAUCAUCACAGCAGACUUCGUGGAGCUGGGGGAUUUUAUCAGUGCAGUCAUUAUGCUGAACCGCCUGCUCGAAGAAGGAGGAGAAAAUGCAACUUGAUUUAGGGCCUGAGCUGCCUGAUGAGGGGAGAUUUUACUUGUAUUCUGUGGAGCAUUCUGGAGCGUUCAGAGUUUCUGGAAUCUUUAGGGCUACUAGAACUAGGGGUGGGUGGGGGGAUAUGUUUUUAGUGAGUAAUAAAAUGAUUGCCUAGCCUAGAGUGUAAAAAGGCAGCUGCUUUUCUUUGUUUCUGUUGGGGAUAAAGGGAAAGAGAUGUUACUGUGCUUUUUUCUCAUCUAUAGCAUAAUUAACUGAUAAAAACAUUGCACACGCACACACACACACACACACACACACAUUAACACACACACACAAAUCUGUGACUUAUUUUGAGCUAUUUUAGAUCUAAAGCGAGACAUUUCUGGCAGAAAAACUUGAGCCACUGUCUGAGAUCAACUAAACGAAAACCAAGCCAGUAUAUAUUGCAAAACAAAAUAAGCAUCAGGGCUGAGACAUGUAUUAUUUAGUUUUUAUUGAAGGAUGCUGACUUAAUAUUCUUGUCGAUAAAGGCAGGGAAUAGUUGUGAAUUUUCAAACAUUCUGUGAACUGUGUGGAUUAUGUAACUGGUUAUCAUGUUGACAAGAAAUUGUAUUAACCAUCCUGACAUAUAUUUCCAUUGUCAUUGACCACCUGCUGUUUAUUUUUGCUUGCAAAUGAUUGAAAUUCCUACCGUGAUGUCUGUUUGUGUGUUAGUGUUAUUGGUAAUGCAAACGAUGAGCACUAGAUCUUACUGGGCUGUAUUAAUAUAUGUAUGUAAAUGAUAACUGCAAUUUAAAAAUAAAACUUAAAAACUGCUUUGCUAUAGGAUAAAUAAUUCCAAAUGCAUACAAAAAAUGUUGUAUACAUUUUAUAGUGAAAUUUACCCCUUUUUGCACCUUAUGUAUGCUGUGCGUAUUACUGUCCAAAAAAUGUCAUUUUAAAUGUUUAAAAUAAAGCCCAGCAUGAAACAAUCAUCUACAUGUAUAUGAGCAAACCUACCUGGGGCUAGAUGAAAUCAUAGUUUAUAGAUGUGUCAUACCUACACUUUAUAAUGGUUAAGGCACCACCAUCAUUUUGAUGUAAAUUUAAAACAGUGCGAUUGUUUGUGGCUGUCAGGCAAAGAGCCGCACAAACUGCUUAUUUAGAUUGAGCUCCACAGCAAUGAGGUACUGACACCAAGACAAGGGUCAUUGGCAUUGAGUAGGCUCAUUUACCAAUCCAAGUGAAACCACUGAAAGAGCAGCUGUGUGGAUUUGUGUUCAGACACAACUUCAAGCUACUGUUACUGAAUUAGCCCAACAUGAUUGCCAAUGUCGACUGCAGCCAUUCUAUUUCUUUACAGACACUCUUCCCAGCUACACUUAAUGAAAAAUAAUGGCUCCCCAUUGACAUGUUUAUGUUCCCUUUAUUGAAUGUAAUAAUAUAUACCCCAGUUAUCAUUUUAAUUUAAAAAGUGCAUACUGUAUGUUUGUUAUAUUCAGUGUUAGGACAAUUUUUUGGUUUUUUUUAAAUUGUUUUAUGUUAUAAAUGUGCAGCUGGCAUUAAAUGAGAACAUCAGAUAUCUUAAUUACAUAUUAUGGGGUGUGUACAUAAUACUAAUUACCAUACAAUUGAUGUAAAAGGCAGACUGGGCAGUUGGUAUUUACUUAAUUAUAACUGGGUAGGAUAAUACAUAGAACAUGUAUAUUUUCUGAGUGGUUUUAUAACCCUUGAGUAGUUUUUAAAUACUUUGAAUUAACUUACACUUGAUGGGUACUAUUAUUGCUUAUACUUGGUGAUAGAGUGGCAAGAAUAGUGUAGGAAAGGCAUUUUAAGAUACCACAUCCCUAAAACAACUAUGCCCUCAAAGGUUUGAAAGAAAUACCCCCCCUAAAUUCAGACUGUACAUGCCAGGCGUUGCAUUGCUGGACCUACAACCCCUGCAAUAGACCUUGCCUGGAAGAAGGCCACCUAUCCUGCAUGCUGGUAUUCACUGGUCCCAAGUCAUCAUUCAUUAGUCAUUCAUUUGUCAUCUGACAAGCUUUAAAGAGGCAGCACCGACUGCUCCAAUGGGGUUAGGGAAGCGACAUCACAUCUCUGCAGAAUGUAUUCAAUCCCAUUUCAUUCACUUAAUUGUGGCAGUCUCCUUUCUGACUUUAUUGAAUAUCCUGGAAAUAAAAUGUGUAUUAAUUUAGAAUUGAAGUCUUGAACACAUUAUUUGAAUAGUUUUUGUUUCCACAAAUUGUUUAUGUUGAUAAAUGUUUAUGCUUUUUUGGGACAUUUUGCAGUUACUUUGCAUUCUAUGAGUAUCCUUCUUUAAACUGGAUAAAGGGCAGCAUGUCACUUUACAUCACACAAACAAAGUGACCCUCAGAGCCAGACUGGGGGUACUGUGGCAGUGUACCUCGUGGGGUGCAGUAUGUUGCUAUAUGUUGCUUAUUAAUCCGCACCAUAAUUCUAAACCAUUAAGGUAUUGGUUAUUAGAGAAUGUAGCACAUUUGGGUAAUUUGCUGCAGUUUUAUUGUAAACCUCAUCAUUGUAUUGUGACUAUUAGUUUGUGUGCCGUUAAUUUGCAAUACUUCAUUAUAUUUUACACAUUUUAUUAAGUAAAGGACCAGCAACAAAUUUUGCAUAAUACCACUAAUUCAUAUUAGUAGCCUAUAAGACAAAUGUAUACUGUCUGUUUUUGUUUAAGUUAGUCAGUGGUGCAGUGCCAAAUUGUGCACAAUUACAAGCCAUGUGCACAU